CAACCGGAAAACCUGGAAAAGCGCUUUUCUUGAAGCAGGAAAAGAGCUUUUCUUCAAUCGGUUUUUCCGGCAUGGCGUUCAUCCAAUGGGGCCUGAUCGCGCUCGUAGUGAUCCUCAGCGCGGGGCCCACUUGGUCGGCCCCUUCCAUCAUUCAGAUGAGGCCGGAAAAGGACACCCUUUUGGACGCCGACCACCUCUUCUGCAGCAGCUGGCGCUUCACGGUCGAGACCAACGACGCCGGCGCCUGGACGCGCGUGCCGGCGAGGUGCGUCGAUUUCGUCAAGGAGUACAUCACCGGCGACCUCUACGCCUCCGAGCUGGAGGCCGUCGCGGCCAAUGCGGCCGAGUACGCCAGGGCCAUCGGGGUCUCCGGCGACGGCAGAGACGCCUGGGUUUUCGACAUCGACGAGACCUUGCUCUCCAAUGUCCCUUACUACGCCGUCAAUGGAUUCGGAUCACAGAUCUUUGACGAACUUUCUUUCAACGACUGGGUAGAGUUGACGGAGGCUCCAGCAAUAGUCCCUGGGCUGAGAUUGUACAAGGAGCUACAGAAGCUAGGCUUCACAUUAUUUCUGUUGACCGGACGGGGUGAAUAUCAGAAGCAUGCUACCGAGCGUAACCUAAUGUACGCUGGAUUCACCAACUGGGAAAAGCUUAUCGUCAGGGGAAACACUGAUAAAGGUAAGCCGGCAUCGGUUUUCAAAUCCGAGAAGAGGAAGGAGAUAGAGGAUGCAGGUUACAUAAUCCACGGGAGCUCCGGAGAUCAGUGGAGCGACUUGAUGGGAUUCGCUCUCGCAAGACGCUCCUUCAAACUACCCAACCCCUUAUACUACAUUGCCUAGUAUGUAUGGAGAUAAGAUGUCACUUUUUUGGUCUGCUCCAUAGCAAUAGUUACUAGUCUUUUGCAUAGAGUUCUAGUUUUUUUAAUGGGAUUUUCUUGAUUCAAAAAAUAAGGAUGGAUUGGCAGUUUGAGGUCACGGAAGGUCAGUUCAAGUCUCUUAGUUUUCUUUUACCUAUCUGCAUUUUCAUGUUUUUAGGCUGCUGUAAAUAUUCUUGAUUUUUAUGAACAUAAU